AUGUCGGAAUCCGACGAUUCAUCGGUUCAGGAUGAUACAGUACAACGCAAUCCGUUAUAUGUCGAGGAUGUAGCUACCGAGAUACUGUCCUACCUCCCCGCGAGGACACUGUUUCAAAUUGGAAAGCUAUGUCGUACGCUACGAUACGUGACUAGAGAAGAGAAUACCCAGCUUUGGAGACAAGUUUGGAACAAUCACACCCUGUAUAAAGACUACGAUAUUCAAGGACUUACACAAUAUCUGGGAAAGACGUACAGGCAGCUCUGCAAGUACAAGGUCUUUCAAGAGAAGGGACCAUGGAAUGCGUUGAAUUUGCCAGAGUUUGACUCGGUUUUAGCUUCGAAUGUUGAUGCAUACAAGGAUGGUUUUAUUUGGUAUGUGCACGAGGAUUCCUUCGCGUGGAGUCUAGAACGAGCAACCAACUCGUUCAUGUAUUCAAAAUACAACUUGCUCAAUGCUCCUGAUGGACCAAUUGAAUUCUUCGCACCCGAAGGAACCCAUAUAGUCAGAGUCAUGAUAUCGGACAGCUUUAUUACAGCUGUGACUACCAAUGCCUUCCAUGUGUUUAGCAAAGAUCAGAAGCUUAGUGGAUGGAGGAUGGAUGUCCCGUUUUUAGAUGAGACUACAGGACGCCCUGAGCCCGUGCUUAACUAUUGGGUACACAAGGACGUCGUUGUGCUUGCCAAACUGUCUGCAAACCACAUUCCGCUCAACUCGAUUUCCGUAUAUGACUUGAAAUCCAUUGUUAAAUACCUAAAUGUCCAUGGAGAUAUUCCAAAUUUGAGGCCAUUGAUGACAUCUGCAGAAGUACCUACACCCUUUGAUCCACAAAUCGUGCAUCCCGCCGUCCAUCGUGAUGCUAAAGGCGAAUUGUUGUUAAAGAUGGAAUUACUCGCCACUGGUCAGAAUGGACAGUCAGUGGUCAUAGAUUUGAACAGUAAACUGGAAGUAGUCGGCCUCCGCAAACUUCAAUCCAACCUAAAAGAUUUGUCUUGGGGCAGCAUACACGAAACCGGACUGGUGUUAUUUAUAAGUCGAAAUAAACGAGAGAUGGAGUUUUUGUGGGAUAUAGAACCACCGCCGCCACCUAGACACAAGGUUGCUAAAAGUCUUGGAUUGAAACUGAAGAAGAAAAUGGUCAAGGACGAUAGUAGUGAGACCGCUUCCGUCUCAUCGGGCUCAGGAUCUGGAUCUGGGUCGAUACGAACCAACGAUUAUAGUAGUACAGGACAUUUUCUAGUCAGGAAGAAGAUGAAGAUUGACUACUUGGAUGAUACGGUUAUAGAUUGUGUUGUUACCGAAUCUGCUCUAGUCUUGCACCAAUAUGGUACGGGAAGCUCAUUUAAUAGGCCCCAUGCCCGUGUACGAGUUAUUGAUCUCUUUACUGGGGAACUCAUCGCAUCGACACACUAUAAAACACAUACAUAUGCCUUAGCGCUCCGCCUCACCAAUAGUGGCGUCGUACGAAUGGAUGGGGCUACAUGGAAGUUUAUGUUUCGACCAUACACAAUAUCACAUAAAACAACAGAGCUCAAGUUGGGAGACUUGUAUCUUACCCUUGGCCAACCUGCCGUGUCUGGAGGAACUGGUAGAACUCGUGCUAUCAGUAAUAGUCGGUCCCGUGCCAGUAGCAACAAUGACAAGCCACUCGGCCUUAGCAGUAGUAACAGUGCCUAUUCGUCUCCGAAGGCUUCAGGCAAGGCUAGGAAAUUGUGCUUAAAGUAUGACGAUGAAUUAGACCACUUGGACGACUACUAUGAUGAGCAGGAUGAGCAGGAAGAGGAGAUAGAGGAUGAAAUAGAGGGAGGAACUGUGCCUAGUCAGCAUCCUACCGAAUACUUGAACAAGUCUUAUAAAUGGUUGCUCAAGUACAAGUGUUUUGUCGAAGCUGGUGAAUGGAAUAAUCUAGCUUUAGGUCAGGCUAAAGACCAGGUGCUUGUGCGCGACCCAACUCCUUACGAAAAUCAAAACAUCCUCGCAGUAUCUGGCGACUCGCUUGCAUGGGGCAACGUCUUGAGUCCUAGCUUUUCGUUUGCUACUCUGGCAAGAUUAAAUUCGAACGUGGAAGACGCUAUAUUAGAAUUCCAGAUACCUUCUAGAAAAGGGCUCGAGGCUGUAUGGAUUUCAGAUACAUUUGUGUGUGCUUUGACGGACGAUACGAUAUACGUGUAUAGCAAAGAUCCGCAUCAUAGAUUGUGGCAUAUGGAUAUCCCAGCCCCAGUUGUAGAUGAUCGCGGACGGCCAAGGCCAAUUGAUCAUUUUUGGAUCAACCAGGAUGUCAUCAUUGCAAAAUACGACGAGAUGGGAGACUCGAAGCAUUCCAUAUGGCUGUUUGACCUUCAUAGUAUUCGCAAGUAUCUAAAUCCUAAAGAAGCACUGCCUGGAAAUCCACGCCCGCUAAUGACUCGUGCGGAAGUGGAGUUGCCUUUUGAAGCAUACCUUUUCCAUAUUGCUGUAAAUCGUAAUGCUAAGCGUGACUUGGAAUCACUGGCUUUACUUGUAGCCCAUAAUUCUAAGGCUGUGGUUUAUGAUAUGGAUGCAUCGUUGAAUAUCUUGAAGGAAAGACGAACUAGGACCACUAUUCGAGAUAUAACAUGGGGCAGUAUUGAGUCAAACGGAAUGUUGCUAUUUGUUGGUGGUGUCGACAACAGUAUGGAGAUAUUAUUUGAUCAUCAGCAUCCAUCACAAGUUGGAGAAGGAAGCAUGGCAGAUUAUACUUCGCACUUCCGCCUUCGCAAAAUUAUCAAGAGUAAUCUUUUGGAGGAUCGAUUGAAGGACGUGAUAUGUACGGCUACGCAUGUAAUACUUCAUCAAGCUGCAAGGCAAUCAAACUGGAUAAGAGCUAUAUUUGAAGAUCCUUCAUCCAAAGUACGGGUAUAUGACAUCUAUAGUGGUGAUUUGGUUGCUAACGGACAUUUCAGAACCAUGUCGCCAGGACACAAGCUCUUUAUAGAUCACAAGGGUGUUACUUGGAUUGAAGCAGUGUCACAUAUUAUCUUGUCUAGACCUUAUGCUGCCACCAAAAAGUCCAAACAAGUAGCUACACGAACUGGACGUGAACGCUCUGUAGUUCCUGGUCCUGGAUUUGCUCGCAAAGUUAAACAACACUCGAUAGACGAUCACAACCACUCGAUUAUUGCUUCUGAUCAUGACGUGAAUAGCGAACCAGAUUAUAAUUCUCCUCAUGAUUACGAGUCGUAUGAGUCUGAAGGUGUUUACGAUGACGAAGAGGACGAGUAUUACAAUGAUGACGGGAAGGAUUAUGAGAGAUAUGAGGAUUUGUAUGGUUGA